GCCUAUAAAUAUCAGAGUUUCUGGCUGUGGCUUUGUGGAGCUGCCACAGAGAAGCAAAGAGAAAGGAAGCAGGCCCGUGGGAAGGGGUGUGACAACCUCAGAAAUGUGGAGAAGCCUGGGGCUUGCCCUGGCUCUCUGUCUCCUCCCCAUGGGAGGAACAGAGAGCCAGGGCCAAAGCUCCUUAUGUAAACAACCCCCAGCCUGGAACAUAGGAGAUCAAGAUCCAAUGCUGAACUCCUCUGGUUCAGUGACUGUGGUUGCACUUCUUCAAGCUAGCUGAUACCUGUGCAUUCUGCAGGCAUCUCGGUAAGAUUGUCUUUCUGUAAAACUGGAGAAAGAAGGAUAUUCUAGUGUUUCCUAUGUAGUGGUUAAUCAUCAAGGACUCUCUUCUCGAUUAAAAUAUAUACAUCUUAAGAAUAAAGUGUCAGAGCAUAUUCCUGUUUAUCAACAAGAAGAACACCAAACAGAUGUCUGGACUCUUUUAAAUGGAAACAAAGAUGACUUCCUCAUAUAUGACAGAUGUGGCCGUCUUGUAUAUCAUCUUGGUUUGCCUUAUUCCUUCCUAACUUUCCCAUAUGUAGAAGAAGCCAUUAAGAUUGCUUACUGUGAAAAUAAAUGCGGAAACUGCUCUCUCACGACUCUUGAAAAUGAAGACUUCUGUAAAAAUGUAUCUUUGGCUACUGUGGAAAAAACAACUGAAGCUCCACAGCCCCAUCACCACCACAGGCAUCAUCACCAUCAUGGGCAUCGGCAUCUUGGGAGCAGUGAGCUUUCAGAGAAUCAGCAACCAGGAGCACCAGAUGCUCCUACUCAUCAUGCCCCUCCUCUAGACCUUCGUCAUCACCGAAAGCACAAGGGUCAACACAGGCAGGGCAACCCAGAGAGCUGACACAUGCCAGGCAGUGAAGGUUUACAACUUGCACAAAAGAAGCUCUGUCAAAAGGGAUGUAAAAAUCAAUUACUCUGCAAGUUGCCCAAAGAUUCAGAGUUGGAUCCUCGUAGCUGUUGCUGCCAUUGUCGACAUCUGAUAUUUGAAAAAGCAGGGUCCGCAAUCACCUGACAGUGUAAAGAAAACCUCCCAUCUUUAUGUAGCUGACAGGGACUUUGGGCAGAGGAGAAAGUCAUUGAAUCUUGUCAAUGACGUUUGUCUUCAGCUGCCUGACAAGAAAGUCAGCAGCAGCUCAUGCCCCCAGAAGCCAGUGCCAAUUGAAGCUGAACUAUUAAAGGAAAAAAGUGAAAAUGACCUUCAAACUAAAUAUUUAAAAUAGGAUAUAUUCCCCCAGUCAGUCUAGACACAAUUUCAUUUCUAGCAUUUUUACAAACUAUCAAAUUAAUUCGUGAACCAAAAAUAGAAACUGGAUUUGUACAAACAUGGAGAAAUCUACUGAAGUAGCUCCCAAAUUUUAAAUUUUAUAUCAUAGAAAUUUUAACCCAAAUCAUAUAUUUAUUGUGGGGCAUCUGAAAGGUGAUUGCAGCCUUUGGUU